AUGCAGUGCGCGCCAAAGUGGCAGCUCCCACUAUUCCACUCUUCCACUCCCUCCUCCUCUAGCGGUCGCCACAGGCAGAGAGGACCAGGCCCGAUCCUGGGCGCAGAUCCCAUUGUUGUUGUUGUUGUUUUUUUUUUCCUUCAGCUCUCUUUUUUUUGGCUGAAGGCUAGAACGGCGCUGGUGUCGCACGUGACGGACGCCGCAGACACCACCGCCACGCAAGGAGCAAAAGGCGGCGCUCCACAGACGUGCAUCGCACAUCGUCUACAUCGCCGUAUUUUUAAUAGCUUGCUCCCGGCCGAGAUGCCCACUGUGCAGUUCAGCGACGCCGUUGAAAAGGCCCUCGCGGAGGUGUGUCCCCCGCGCGACCCGUUUGACGAGCCAAACUUUGACCCCGUGGAGUACCUCAACAGCCGAUUCCCGGAGGAGGCCAGCCUCGCCGCGCUACCUGCCUUUCUGGAAGAGAUGACCGGCCGCCUGACAAAGACAGAGAACGAUCUGUUGAAGGCCGUUGAGGCGCAGGCGACCAAUGCUGCCGACGCAGACAGGGACCUUCAUAACGCAAAGGCGGCCGUGGUCGCACUCUACGAUCGCGUCUCUGAGAUUAAGGCGAGAACGGCCAAGAGUGAAGACACUGUCCGCGAGCUGUGUCAUCAUAUUCGAGAGUUGGACACGGCAAAAACCAACCUCACUGUAAGCAUCAACACCCUACGUUCGAUGCAGCUAUGGAUGCUGCAACUGCAGGCCCUCUCCACUUCGUUUGAGCGUCGCAGAUUUAUUCAGUGCCGUGAUGCGCUGAUGGAGGCGCAGAAGUAUUCUGCCAUGUUUGAAAGUAUGAAGAACCUCCCCAAGGUGAAGGAAAUUAACGAUAAACAGGCGCAGCUAUGUCGACAGCUGGAACACUACAUUCGUCACACUGUGUUUGGCGACAUUUCCCUGGAUUCGCUAGAUGAAACGCUGAUGGCGGAGGCCUGUGCGGUGGUAGACCUUCUUGGGAAGGAAAGUAUUCGGAAGAUUCGUGACCAAUUUAUCGAGAAAAUGCUGGAGGUCUACUCGCUGCGCUUUAAGCGUGGGUCAGAGGACGCAAAGUUGGAACGCACGGAGCGACGCUAUGUCUAUAUUCGUAAUCUUUUGGAGCAAAACGAGGGACUUUUCCUCAAUGUGUUUCCACGUCACUGGUGUGUUCCGCAGGAACUUUGUGUGACAUUUUGUCUCCGCACCAAAGCGGAGCUUGACUACCUCCUGCGCGGGGCCGCUGCUGACAUUGACGUGGUGGUGCUGACGUACGUCCUGCAGAAGACCAUUGACAUUGAGCGCGACCUCACCCGCAUGAUGGCGUGGAAGGAGGAAUUUCCGGGUCGCAGCGAGGUCCCGGAUUACAGGUACAACGGCAUGAUCCUUUCCUCCUUUAAGGCGCACAUGGACCUCUUCGUGCGGAAUGAAGAUAAGCUGAUGGGAGACGCCCUUUCACACCCCCUUGUGGGGUCCUCCACGGAGGUGGAGCGAGGCACAGCCGGCAGCCCAAGUGCCGCGGUGGGUGCGGCCGUGCCUGGGUGGAACAGCGAGGCGGAUAUUCGGGUCGGCGCCACGCUUCCUGUGGCAGAAGAUCUUUUUAUUUUUAUUAAGGAGAGUCUCAAGCGCACCAUUCGCAUCUCUCAGCAGGAUGUAUUGCUGGAGAUGGCGGCUGUCUGGCGAAGGCACCUCAUCCGCUUUGCAGAAACGGUGGCAACGCUACUUCCUAGCCCCGCCGCCUCAAGGGAAGACAUGCGUCGCGCCUGCAUCAUCGUUAACACGGCGGAACUCUGCCAGUCUACAAGCCAGGACCUGGGGGACGAGGUGUGCACCCGUGGCGAGGCUCCCGCGAAGGAAGUCGGCUUUGACCAAGUCACCGAGGCCUUCUCUACCCUUUACAGCAGGGCGAUUCAAUGCAUACUGCAGGGGACAGAGACAAAUUUGGCACCCUUUCUUGUAGAUUAUAGCAAUGCCGCAUUUGUCAACCGUCGCGGCGAGGAACAAGACAUUCAUGAUGAAUCCGCUGUGAUUCGCUCCAUGAGUGCUGUGCUGCACGAUAUGGUCUUGGUGUGCUCGGCGGUGCUGCCGUCUUCAAUUUUGCGCUUUCUGCUUGACAAGGUGGCACACAGCGUGAUUCCCAUGUUCACCGACACCUUGUAUCGCAUGCGUCGGCUGCCACCGGACUUCGCGCUGGGUCUGAUGCGGGUUGACUCCGCGGCGUUUGAGCGAACCUUUUUGCAGCUGCCAAACUACAACGACCCAGACCGUUUUCCUCCAGCGCAUCUGACUGGAUACAUGAAGCUCGUGCGACGGGAGUUUGACCGCUUGAAUCGCACAUUGAAGGUUCUGCAGCUAGACGCUUCGGUGGACACGUUUGUUGAUGUCUACUACGAAGCGAUGCUGCCUGACGAUCGCUCGAUUCAGAAUUUUGUGCGUCUUGUGGAGUUGAAGGGGCGGAAGCGGGAGGACGUCAGGUCGUGGAUCGCACAUCUCUCCAAGAAGGGCGUGGUGGAGGCCACGAAGCGCGACCUGCAGCGCGAGGCCUCCCUGGGCAUCGCCACGGGCACCACAGGCCAGUCCGCGGCAGCCGGCGCCGGCGCCGCCUCGGGGGGAAUCAAGUUUUCGAACUUCUUCUUGCAACCGGCGGCAAACACGUACGAGCCGCCCUUGAGCGGCGGGUUUUCGAGUGCGUUCAGCAAUUUGGUCGGCCGUGCGGGGAGCGGCGGCAACGCACAGACGACGACGACGACGACAACAGCAAGAACGACGGCAUCACCACCAUCAACGGGAGUGACUGCAGCAGCAACAGUGGAGGAGAGUUUCGGCACACGUUUUGCGAAGGCGGCUCGUAGCACGGUGACGACAAUGAACUUCCUCUCCAAUUUUAAGAAGGAAGGCGGUAAUAGUAGCGGCGGCGGUUACAGGUCCGCGAAGUGA